GUAUUCCUGACUGGAAAUUAACGCGCUUCUAGUGUAUAAGGCUUGCGAGAAUGCGUCGAUUGUCCCAUGGCUAUUCGGUGACCCGUACAUCUCACUUUCAAUCUGGAUGUAACAUGACAAGUCGUGUCGGGCGGUCACAGAACAGAUUUCCACAAGGGGGAGUUUGAGUUAGAGCACUUACAGGAAUGAACCUCUUCGCAGCCGAUGGAAACGUGCAGCGCAAGCAUCGACAUAUCAUGGGGCCGGCAUUUAAUAACAAGCUGUAUCUGACACGCUUACUUACAAAAGGUGGCGUGAUACUUUGCCCUCUCCCUUGUCCCCCACCAAACGACAUCCAGUCGCCUCUCUCACCCAACUGUAACUACUGCUUACGAGGAUCCUCCCCUGCAACAACACGUGUGUGGCUAACGGCCGCGGACGUAUUGGUGGCUUCCUCACCAGUAGGGCCGGCAAGACGAAGUCCUCGGACGUCAUGCCAGAACGACACCGGGGACCCUUGCGAGGCGGUCGGAGGUAGACUUGUUAUUUAGAUUAAUUAUCGGUCACAGACGACAUGAUAUGAUUGGCUGAACUUCCAGACAUGCUCAUGACCUUU